CAUGUACAUAGGCAGGCGCACGAGAGGCUUCUAGUUGCUUUGGGGGUCACUGUUGACUUUCAGGCAUUUUGCGAAUCUAUUAUCCUUGAAUGUCUUCUCCUUACGGUGACGGAGUAGUUAAACGACUCAAUUUCGGCGCGGCUACAUCCUUUUCAUCGCCGGUCAGCCACCUUCGGCCCCGCACUCAGCCUCGGGCGUCGCCUGGUGUGCAAAAUGCUACACCAGGCAGCGCUAGCUACGCAGGGCCUGUUCGAUAUGGGUUACCGCAAGAGGAUCUACAUGGCGAUGAACGGCGGAGUGCGAGUCAGUUGGGCUCCGUGUCAUACCGGGUGCCUUCCGACGAUGACAUCUCGGACGACGACGCCACUAGUGCCCCGGCUGCUGGGGGGCACCCGGCUGUAGCCACGAGGCCCUAUGCCGUGGAGGAGCAGCGGGACCUGGUGGAGCAGCAGUUGCUGCUGUCACUGGAGGCGGUGCAGAGCAGCAAGCAGGCGCUAUGGCGGCAGCGGCUAGUCGCGCUGGAGUCACAGCUAGCGGCAAAGCUCAACGGAAUCGCGACCACAGCGUUGCGCAAACAGGAUGACUUGGCGCGUGCCGACCAGGAGCUGCUGCGGGCGGCGCAGCAGCGGCGCGCCGAGGAGCUGGAGAAGGUGCAGCGCAGCCACCGCACCGAGGCGUCGUUGCAGGAGCAGCAGAUCAAGCGGCUGAUGGAGCAGCGCGAGGAGGAGCGGCGGAAGGAGGAGGAGCGCAAGCGGAGAGAGGAGGAGGAGCGGCGGCGCGAGGCCGAGCGCCAGGAGGCGGAGCGGGAGCGGGUGCGGAGGGAGACAGAGGCGGCCCAGGCGCGGCAGGCACAAGAGGAGGCGGACAAGAAGCGGGCGGAGGCGGACGCGGCGGCGCAGAAGGCGGAGGCGGAGGCCAAAGCCAAGAAGGCGGCGACCAGCGCGGCGUCCAAGGCGCACCCCUGCCUGCGAGUGUCCGCGGGCGCCGCCGAACAGGCGGACCAGCUUGCGGCUCGGCUUGCAGAGCUGCAGGCCACUACUAAGCCGCUGACAGACGACGAGAGCACCAAGAAGGCGCGGCGAGACAUCGAGAAGAAGCUGACGGUGCACGUGCAGCAGAUCUCGGGAACACAGAACCAGGUGGCUGUCAAGUGUCAGGACGUCUACAACGUGCUGAGCGGCGUGCAGGGCCCCUGGCGCGCCUUCGCGGUGCUGACCUUCGCAAACAAGAUCAUCAAGCAGCAGGAGCUGGUGCAGCUCAACAACAAGGCCGCGUUCCCACUGGCGCAAGUGGCGGUUAAGAUCUCUGCGUAUUUCCCGGAGCUGCUGGACGCGCUGCUGGGUCUAAUUCAGAAAUCCAUGCCGCUGGCGGUGCCGCGCGCCUACCUGCACGACGCCGCGCACAUCUCCAACAACGCCUACUACCGCGGCAUGGGCUUCCUGGAGCUGGACGACCCCACAGCGCCCAGCGGCAAGGUGUUCGAGAGCCCGGACGAGUACCUCAAGCGGCUGGAGGGGCUGCUGCUGCUGUACGCGGCGGUGAUGCAGGUGGACGAGCCCAACCGCUUCGGCGUGUCUCAGGCCUGGUCCUGGCUGGCCCGCUGCCUCAACUGCCUGCCCGCCGACCGCUACACGGCCAAGGCACUGGUGGCGGUGCUGCGAGUGGCGGGCUUCGCGCUGUUCACACGGUACCGCGGCCAGUUCGUGAAGCUGAUGGGCACGCUGCGGCGCGAGUACCUUCCCACGCUGCGCGCCGCGGCGGCCGGUGACGACCUCAUCAGCGCCUUCGCAACGCUGUUGGAGAGCUAUGUGGAUGACGGCUUGUUCCGCCGCCCGCCCGAGGGCCGCAACAUGCCCGCCUUCGACAUCUCAUCACGGCCCGAGAACCGCGCGUAGAGGACUCAGGAGGGCUGGAGCUGGGCUUGGCAGUUGGGGGUUGGGGUGGCGAGGUUUCGGGGUGGGGCGGCGUGCUGGCGAAGCUUGAGGAGGGGAGACGAAGAAGCGGUGCCAUGGUCUUGCAGUGACGGGCAAGGACCAAGGGCAACGGUAGGGAGCAACGCGACGCGCGUGCCAACUGUUGGGCGUGCUGAAAUAGGUGCGGUAGUACUUGGGUGCGCGCUUGGAGAGCAGGGCACCGCAGAAUCGUCCGCCCGUGUCCUGCGGACGCGGCCUCGACCGCCGAGAAGGUGACGCAGGCUCGGACAGCCGGAGGCUAAAGAGUCUUGGAUGUGGUGUUUUCGGACAGCUCGUUUUGCUGAGUGCAAACGUAUACAACUUGCGCAAGGUAAAUUGAGUCAUGUC